AUUCGAGAACCCUUGAUGCGCCCGGCCUGGUUGCACCCACUAAUCACCACUGCGUUUCUCCGCACUACCAAACCCCGGGUCAUGGCACGAUAGAGCCCCGAUCGAAUACUGUCUACGACCCUCACGCAUGUUACCAUAGCAGAGCCCGAACACGUCUGAGCCGGAUCAAGUGAAGAUGAGAGGACUUUGACAGUCAUUCAGACGUGAGAUGCGUUACCCUGCGCGGGUAUAAAGAGGGCGCUGUGUCGCUGUUUUCUCUCUUCACGAACAGCAUCACCAACCCAACAAUCCAAGCCAAAGCAUCACAGCUCCGCACCAAACUCAUCCAUCACCAUGGCCCCCGUCCUCAAGAAGUACAAGGCUGCCGCCGUCAACGCCGAGCCCGGCUGGUUCAACCUGGAGGAGUCCACGCGCCGGACCAUCCAUUGGAUCGACGAGGCCGGCAAGGCAGGCUGCAAGUUUAUCGCCUUCCCUGAGCUGUGGAUCCCCGGAUACCCCUACUGGAUGUGGAAGGUGACCUACCAGGAGAGCCUGCCUCUGCUGAAGAAGUACCGCGAGAACAGUCUGGCGUCAGACUCGGAGGAGAUGCGACGGAUCCGCGAGGCGGCGCGGGCCAACAAAAUCUUCGUGUCGCUGGGCUACUCGGAGCUGGACCUGGCCAGCCUGUACACGACGCAGGUGAUGAUCUCGCCGGAGGGGGAGAUCAUCAACCACAGGCGCAAGAUUCGCGCGACGCACGUCGAACGCCUGGUCUUCGGCGACGGCACCGGCGACACCACCGAGUCGGUCAUGCAGACGGAGAUCGGCCGCAUCGGCCACCUCAACUGCUGGGAGAACAUGAACCCCUUCAUGAAGGCAUACGCCGCCUCGCUGGGUGAGCAGGUCCACGUCGCCGCCUGGCCGCUGUACCCGGGCCGCGAGACCCUCAAGUACCCGGACCCGGCCACCAACAUCGCCGAGUCGAACGCGGACAUCGUCACCCCCGCCUACGCCAUUGAGACCGGCACCUACACCCUGGCCCCCUGGCAGACCAUCACCUCCGAGGGUGUCAAGAUGAACACGCCUCCGGGCAAGGAGCUCGACGACCCGAAGAUCUACAACGGCCACGGCCGCAUCUUCGGACCCGACGGUCAGAACCUGGUGCCCCACCCCAGCACCGAAUUCGAGGGUCUCCUGUUCGUCGACAUUGACCUCGACGAAUGCCACCUGUCCAAGGCUCUGGCCGACUUCGGCGGUCACUACAUGCGCCCCGACUUGAUCCGCCUGCUGGUGGACUCCAACCGCAAGGAUCUCGUCGUGCGCGAGGACCGCGUUAACGGCGGAGUCGAGUACACCCGCACUGUUGACCGGGUCGGACUGUCGACUCCGUUGGAUGCUCCUGCGCCGGCUGAGGAGAACUAGGGGAGCGCUGAGCGGGCUUGGA